AUGCCGACAGAACUAGAAGAGCUGGUGGAGUUCCUUCACCACGGCAAUACGCAAAUUCGACAGAUUGCCUGUGAGAACCUAGUUGGUUUCUCUACCGCCCAACCAAGCCUUUUCAAGCGACAGCAACUACUCCCCGUGCGCGACCUGAAGCUGCUGGCCAAAGACUACACUCCCAUUGCGAAGAAUGCCUUGACGAUUCUUAUCAACCUCGCCAGUGACGAGGAGAUCCUGGAGUGCCUGGCCAGCGAUGACGAGUUCCUUGAAAUCUUGUUGAGGAAGCUCAUGAAUGUCAAGGAGCCCAACGCUGACGAGUUUGCCAUGUUGCUGGCUAACCUCGUCAAAUCCGACCACCUCAAGAAACUCCACACACUAAAGCGGAAAGCCCCCGCGGCGGUUUCUACCUCUGAGAAUGCCAUUGACCAGCUGAUGGAUUGCUUUGUGAAGGGUGCCGAGGGUGAUCUCAACAAGCACGCCAACUUCGAUUAUCUCUCCUACCUCUUCGCCGAUCUGUCCCAAACCGAGACGGGGAGAGCGUACUUCACCACGCGGCAAGAGUACGACGGAGUGGUCCCGAUCACUAAGCUGACCGUCUUCACGGAACACAAGAGCGACAUUCGACGCAAGGGUGUUGCCUCGACCAUCAAGAAUGUAGCCUUUGACGUCUCUUCGCACCCUAUGCUUUUCGGCGAGGACGAGGCCAACUUGCUGCCCUAUCUCCUUCUUCCGAUCGCGGGACCCGAAGAGUUCCCGGAUGACGAGAUGAUGUCCAUGCUGCCAGAUCUGCAACUCCUGCCCCCCGAUAAGAAGCGUGAUAGUGACAACACUAUCAUUACCACCCAUCUAGAGACUCUGCUCCUCUUGACUACGACUCGGGAUGGCCGAGACAAGAUCCGCGCCGCGCAAGUGUACCCCUUCGUUCGAGAAUGCCAUCUCCACGUGGAGGACGAGGACGUGCGCGAGGCCUGUGACCGGCUGGUGCAAGUGAUUAUGCGAGACGAGGAAGGCGAGGGAGAAAAGACUGACGCCGAAUUGGCGGAAGCACAAAAGCAGAUUGAAGACGCUCCUCAAGCGCAACCUGCACAGGAUGAGGACGAGAAGGUGACGCGGAAGCGGACUUGUCCCCCGAACCCGAGGGGACAACCUGAGCUCUCCGCCGAAUCGGACCGAGUCGACGAUCCCGAUUCUCACGUCUCCCACGAGGAAGGCGACACUCCCACGCUCACAGACACAGAGCAGGGCCCUCACAGACCCAACAAUGGAAGUAGCGACCCGGACGAGCCCCUCGAGUUAACCCCGCCCGACGAUUCGAAGUCGCUCGCUCAACGCUUCCGGGUUUUCAUGUCUCGAGCCCCUCUUCUCCGGACGUCGCCCGCACUGGGCUCGUCUUCAUACGGAGCUGUGCGUAUCCCACAGGACGAGUCCGACGACAAUGACGACGACGAUGUUGAUCCUGCUGCUCGACGAGAUAAACCUGCCCCGGAACGGUCUCCCGGCAGGCUACAGCGGGCGAGCUUCGAGAGCUGUGCCGAAGGCCCUUCGACCGAUGCACUCCACCGUCGACGAUUAUCCAAAUCCAAGCAAUCACAUUUUUCUGGUCGGCGUAUGAGCAGUGCUUUAUACACGGAGGGCCACAAGCGGCGACCCUCGUCGGCCACUUCGGACGUAGGAAUGGGCCCCGAUUCCAAGUUCUCGUUCGCAACGGGGCUUGCGGUACCUGGGAAUCCUGUGAUGCAGGAAACCCCAGCAUCCUCGCCGUACAUGACAAGCGACGAUGAGGAUGUGUUGGAUAUUGAGGACGAAGAUGCAAAGCCUUUCGAUGAGGAUCCCCCGGAUAAUUCGCCGUAUGCGCAAGUGCGGGCAACUGUCCCGGCGACGGACGAUAUUACGCUCUCUAUCAAUACCCCUCGCAUGUGGAUUCUUGCAUUACUUUUCUCACUGACUGGCUCGGCUGCCAAUCUUUUUUUCUCCCUCCGCUACCCGAGCGUCGCUAUUACUCCGAUUAUUGCGUUGGUUUUGGUUCACCCAUUGGGCAAGUUCUGGGAUGUUCUGUUUAAACGGGCAGAUGACCCCAUCGAAGUUUUUGAGAAUGGAACGCUCGAUCAUCGAGAAUCACGAUCGGGCGAUCUUGAUUCUCCUGAUCCGUCUCUGCUCACGAGGAUCCGACUUUGGUUUGGCCAAGGACGUUGGAACGAGAAGGAACACGCAUGCGUCUAUAUCAGCAGCAACGUUUCUUUUGGAUUUGCAUUUGCCACUGAUGUCAUCGUCGAGCAACACAAAUUUUAUCAGCAAGAGGUUCCAAUCUUGUAUCAGCUGCUGCUCAUCAUUUCUACACAAGUCCUGGGUUAUGCAUUUGCCGGAUUGACUCGACGCUUCUUGGUUCGGCCUUCGGCCAUGAUCUGGCCGGGGACUCUCAUGUCCACUGCUAUGUUUUCCACUAUGCACAAGACCGCCAAUAAGAAGGCCAACGGAUGGAGCAUCUCCCGGUACAAGUUCUUCAUUCUUGUAUGGGCCGGUGCCUUCGUCUGGUACUUUGUACCGGGAUUGUUGAUGCCAGCCCUCAGCUACUUUAACGUUGUGACCUGGUUCGCGCCCAAGAAUGUCGUUGUGUCCAAUCUUUUUGGUGUUGCUUCGGGUCUCGGGAUGUUGCCUUUGACUUUCGACUGGGCUCAAAUCGCAUAUAUCGGGUCACCCUUGCUCACGCCAUGGUGGGCAGCAGCCAAUAUUGUGACUGGCCUGGUGGUGGUUAUUUGGAUCAUUGCCCCGAUCUUGUACUAUAAAAAUGUGCUCUUCUCCUCAUACAUGCCCAUCCUUUCUGCGGCAGUUUUUGACAACACAGGCCACCCAUACAACGUGAGCCGAAUCUUGACGCCGGACUUUCUCUUCGAUCAAAAGGCGUACGAAGAAUACUCUCCAGUUUAUCUUCCCAUCACCUAUGUCUUAUCAUAUGGUGUUCAAUUUGCCGCUCUGACCUCCCUGGUUACCCACACCAUCUGCUGGUAUGGUAAUGAUAUCUUGCACCAGACUCGCAAGGCCUUCGAGGAGCGUAGGGAUGUACCAGGCUUUGAGACAUACCAGCCUCUGCGAACAGAAAACGGACAUGCUUCUCCACCGCGACACCCUCGUGAGGCAUCGAGAGUUAGUUCUCACGAACCGAGUCGGGAGAUGCCUUUGGGAAUGGAGGAUGUGCAUUGCCGUCUAAUGAGACGCUACAAAGAUGCUCCUCUAACGUGGUACCUGAUCGUGCUCAUUACGAUGCUGGUCAUUGCCACCUACACUGUAGAGCACUACCCGGUCCACUUACCCUGGUAUGGCCUCUUUCUGGCACUGCUUAUUACCAGCGUGUUCUUCAUUCCCGUCGGCAUCAUCAUGGCUGUUACAAACCAACACAGCAGUCUUUAUCUGAUCUGCCAGCUCUUGUGUGGCAUUGUCUUUCCUGGACGGCCAGUUGCGAACAUGAUCUUCGUGACUUACUCUUACAUCAGUUCAGCGCAGGGCAUCAAGUUCUCAUCAGAUCUCAAGCUCGGACACUACAUGAAAAUCCCGCCACGCAUCCUCUUCGGUGUACAGAUGGUGGCGACCUUGGUAUCUAGCUUGACACAGAUUGGUGUUCUGAACUGGAUGUUCUCCUACAUUCCCGGGCUUUGCACUCCCCAGGCUUUGAACGGCUUUAACUGUCCUAUUGCGCGCGUCCAUUUCAACGGUAGUAUCCUCUGGGGUGUCGUUGGGCCUCAGAGAUUCUUCGGUCCAGGUGGACUCUAUCGACCUCUCGUCUGGGCGUUUCUGAUAGGCGCGGCAGCACCCGUCGCGGCUUGGAUCUUAGGUCGUCGCAGCAAGAAGAAUUUCUGGCGGAAGGUCAAUUUCCCUAUUCUCUUUGGCAGUCUCAGCUGGAUCCCUCCUGCGACAGGGCUGAACUUUUCUGUCUGGGCGCUUGUAUGUUUUGUGUUUAACUACGUGAUCCGCCGACGCAGGACCGCCUGGUGGGAAAAGUACGCCAUGACGCUCUCAGCAGCCUUGGACUCGGGACUGGCAUUUGCCGUGCUCGUUGUCUUCUUCUUCCUCAUUUACCCUGGCUGGGUUGAUGGGUUCAAGUGGUGGGGAACGGAGAUCUAUAAGCAGGGAUGCGACUGGAUCGCAUGCCCGUACAGGCACGCGCCAUCACGCUCUCAUCUCUGA